UCGAAGGUUGACAUUAAAACAUAAAAGUGUGUAACAUUAUACUAUCUUGCUUAGUACGCAAAUGAGCACGGCUUUUUAGAUAAAAACCGCUUCAAAUAAGGGAGCAAGUUAUGAGUAGGCCAUAAGGGACAGGAAGACUGUCAUAAUGGUGGAUGCUGCACCAAGCAUUGCCACGAACAAUGAUGACAACAUUGAGUCGAAUGUAACCGAGACGUAUCACCAUAUGAGUUCCUGGGAAUCUAGUGAAAAGCAACCUGCUUCCAAACUGCCCGACAAGCGAUGCCGUUUCUCGUUCUAUGUCCUCCUGGGCACCUGGAAGGCCACCCUUGCCGUGUUACUGGAGCGGCCGAUGCUCGCAGCAGCCAGCCUUCUCGUAUUCGCAAUUUUAACCAGCGCUGGUCUGGCGGGUGUGCUGGUGGCAGCGAGGCAGGAGGAGGUCAAGGCGCGAGACCUGGCAGAGCAUGGCAUUGGAGCUCAAGUGGCUCAGUCACUUAAGGAGGCGCUGCUAAUCUCCACAUUCGGCUCCGGGCUGCUCAGUGCGGUGGUGGUGCAGCUGCGCUCCUGCGCCGCCCUGGAGGCGCAGUGGGACAGCGUCACGCAGGACAUCAUGCAGCGGGUGGACCCCGCCAUCGUAAACCAGCUAGAGCUGGACAUGGCAGCCGUCAUCUGGAAGACCCACCCGACGCUGCACGGCACGCUGGCGGAUAUCUUGUACGGCAGAGAUCUGUUGUACGAGCCCAGCGACCGGCCGGGGGUUGUGUACGUGUUGGAGGAGGCGCGGCGGACGGGGAGGGCGGACACGCACAUCCUGGGGCCUUACAUGUGCAGCGAGGGCUUCACCUGCGUGUUCGCGGUGGCGCCCAUCUUCCUGCCGGCUCCCGACGAGCAGUACGACUGGGGCUGCGGCAUGCAGCCGCACAACUGCUCCGACUUGUGCUGGGACCCCGUCAGCAAGACCAAGUUCUGGGGCCAGGUGUCCACCCUGAUCAACCUGGACCAGCUGUUCUCGGGGAGUGACAUGCGGCUGCAGCUGCUGGCCAGCAGGGGGUAUGUGUACCGGCUCUGGCAAGCUGAGACCAGCUCCUCCAAUCCCUACGUCCUGCUCUCAAACAACACGCCGCACAUCACAUCACCCGUGGCACGAGAGGUGCAGAUCGCCAACCUGCUGUGGCACCUGGAGCUGGCUCCCGCCCGCGGCUGGGUCCCCCCCUGGCGUGACCCCUGCC